AUGGGGGACUUUAAUAUCAUUAGAUCCGACGAGGAAAGAGUUGGGGGUAGGGCCAGACCUCCAUUAGCAAUUGAAGAUUUUAAUGAUUGUAUCAACAACUGUGGUUUAAUGGAUUUACCAUUGGUAGAUAGACAACUAUCAUGGUGCAAUGGGCAACAAGGUCUGGCUAGAAGUUGGGCAAAGCUAGACAGAAUUGUAAUUAACUCUGACUUUGGUCUUACGCAUGGUCAAGCUACUGCAAGGUUGCUAAGUAGAAGAAUGUCGGAUCACUCACCAAUUUUAUUAAAUCUUGCAUCGGAGGGUGGGAGACUGGUUGGGAAACUAAAAAGGCUCAAGCAGAAAUUGAGGCAGUGGAAUAGAGAGGUCUUUGGCCGGGUAGAUAGAGUGAUCAAGGAGUUGGAAGAGAGACUGGAACAAUAUGAGGAGGCGCUGCUGGCAUCAUACUCGGAGGAUAUUGAGGAGGAGUUUCUUAUCACCAAGGCUGAACUGGAAAUUUGGUAUAAAAGGGAAGACACGAGAUUGGCACAACAAGCAAAACAAACCUGGCAAGAAGAGGGGGAUCAGAAUACAAAAUUUUUUCAAAGAUGA